UUUAGUGUAUAAAGUGAAACGGUUAACAUGGCCGAAAGAUUAGAUGCCAUUAUUUUUGGUGCCACCGGUUUUACCGGUAAAAUUGUUGUUGAAGAUGCAGUAAAUAUAUUGAAGGAUCUUAAAUGGGGCAUUGCCGGUCGAAAUGAGGAUAAAUUGAAACAAGUCUUGAAAGAAGUGGGGGAGAAAGUUGGAAAAGAUUUGUCAAAUAUACCCAUCAUUGUGGCUGAUGUCAACGAUGAGGCCUCUAUUAAUAAAAUGGCUAAAAAUUGCAAGAUUGUUUUAAAUUGCUGUGGUCCUUAUCGUUUCUAUGGUGAAACUGUAGUAAAAGCUUGUAUAGCUGCCGGUACCCAUCAUGUCGAUAUCAGUGGUGAACCACAAUAUAUCAAUAAAAUGCAAUUGAAAUACAAUGACUUGGCCCAAGAAAGAGGUGUAUAUGUGAUAUCCGCUUGUGCCUUUGAAAGUAUACCAGCUGAAAUGGGUGUGGUAUAUGCUGAAAAGAACUUCCCGGGCACUGUUAAUUCUGUGGAGUUGUUUUGGGAAAAUGAACUUAAAUAUCAGGAUAAAUCAUCAAAGGCUAUUUUGAAUAGUGGUACUUGGGAUAGUGCUAUUUAUGCCAUGCAGCAUAUAUGUGAAAUGUUGAAAUUAAAAUUUAAAUUGAAUAGUGGUAAUAUGCCCAAGUUGCAACCAAAAUUAAGAGCGAGACCUCUUCCUCACAAAACUGAAGGCUUAGACAGUCAUUUCAUACCUUUUCCCAAUACUGAUCGUGCUUCUGUUUUAAGAUCGCAACAAUUGGCCUAUGAGUUGGAAAAGAAGAGACCCAUACAAUUUGAAAUUUAUAAAGGAUUUAAAUCUUAUUGGACCGCUUUUGUAUUACCAUUUUAUUUAUUAUUUCUUGUGAUUAUGGCUCAGUUCAAUUACACUCGCAAAUUAUUGCUUAAGUAUCCGAAAUAUUUCACAAACGGUCUGAUGUCUCAUGAAGGUCCUGUUCCAGCAAACAGAAAAUCAUUAGAGUUUAACAUGACAUUUAAAGCCAAAGGUUGGACCAAGGACUGUCCCGAGUCUUUACCGCCCAACAAGGAAGUAGUUGUUAAAAUUUCGGGCAAUGAUCCUUGUUAUGGUUUUACUAGUGGUUCUCUUUUGUCAUGUGCUAAGGUCGUACUGCAGGAACAUAGAAAUAUGCCGGGAAAUGGCGGCGUUAUUCCACCAGGUAUUGCAUUUGCCAAAACUCGCCUGAUUGAAGAGCUGACGCAUAACAUUUCUGGUUUGAAAUUUGAAGUUGUAAAAACAUGAAUCUAUUAAAAAUAAACAUACAAAAUAAAAAGUG